AGGUAAGCUGUGACACACAAGUAGCUACUUUGUAACACUGUUCUGAUUUGAUUCUCAGGUCUCUCUCCCAAACUGCAGGAGAUUCACCUUUUUCAUACAAGAGACCCUAUACACAACCUGCUUUGCUCAGUCAGACCCCUUGCUCACUAAAUACAUGUACCUUGAUAUUCCUAAAUAGAGAACCACAUAUCCAAUUGUGUUACGUAGUCUUUGCCAUGAGAGUAUCGAAACUUUGUAUUUAUGGAGGAACCUGUCCUUCUGUCUUACCUUUCUGUCCAGCUGUAUGUCACUCCUAUAUUUGUGUGUGCACAUACAGUGGAUGAAGUUUAUGAUCUGCUUUUUCAUCCUACUGAUGGCUCUAGUUUUGUAGAAGUAGCUGUGGCAGGGGAUACAUGUCACGGUGCUAAUAUUUAAUUUACUAACAAAGCAGAUCGACUGGGAAUUUGUACUUCAUUUUUCACCCAUGUUUUAGUUUUGUUUAGGUUUAAAACUUGAUUGUGACAGAAAAUGCUUCACUCCUGUAAAUACAUUUCAAUGGAUAACAUUGUUAUGAUUUUAAACAUGGUAUAAGUUAUAAGAUAAAUAAGUAAAAAAAAAAAAAAAAAACAUGUUUUUAAGACUUGGUGUAUUCGUAUAUAAAUAAGAACAUAAAAGGUCAUAUGCUGCUGACACAUCAUGAGAGAAAGAUAUUUGUUUUGAACCGAAGAGCAAGGAGACAACAGCCCGGAUUUUCCAUUCUUUCUCAAUAAGGUGUGUUGAAAAUGUACCAGAAAAUCUGUAUUUUAGGAGUUAAUGGAGAAUAUCAAAACAGGUGUAAUUACAGAAAGUGUGGUUGUAGCUAAUGGUAGGGUAAGGAUAAACUACCAUCAUGCUCCUUUGCAGUUCAUCAAUGGAUCCCAAACUUCUAGAAUAUUUGUUGCAGAAGGCCCACUACACCAUAUACUGUAGUUGGGCCUUUUGUGGAACUCCUUAUGAAAGUCCCUGCGGUGUAACAUGAUAAUAUCUGUCCACAAGCUGCAAGUGAAAUACAGUGUUUCAUGCAGCACAGAAACAUUACUGUGCUGCCCUAGCUUAUGUUUUUAAAAGAUUUUAGACAUCAGCAUGUCUAGGUUUAGAUUUGAAUGCUGCUAAAGGUGACCUAAAAACAGCUAAAUGCAGGUUGCUGCUGAGGUGCAGACUCAUACUAGCAGCUCUCUUCCUCAAAGUGUAUCAGGUCUGUGGCCAUGCAACUUUAAUUUGUCCAGUGAGGAACAGGCCAUUUGCACAAAAGUCUCUUCAGGUGGCAGCUGUUACUCGUUUUAUGUAAAACCCUUACCCCAAUGUUUUAGUGAAAUGUCAAAUAAAUUCAAACAAACAAAAAAAAUCACAUUGUACAUACUGUAGUUAAUUUGUAAAUUCAUCCAUGCAAUGGAGUGCAUGUAUACACUAAAACCACAUGUUCAAGAAUUAAACAAAUAUUUAUUGUUAAGUGGAUACACUUUAGACGCACAAAAACGUGUUACCAAAAUAAACAUUACAGUGUAACGUAUAUUAAUGCAAAAAUGUGUUUAAUCUGUUGUAUAAUAUUUAUGUUUAGUACCUAAACACUUGAUUUACAGUGUAUGUACUUCAGCGAUGCAGAGAUUACCGUAGAUAAAAAUGUUGUACCUGUGUGUCAAGACUAUAAUGAUACAUUACACUUUUUUUUAUCUGUUUCCUUGAGUCGGUUUUCCUGGUAAGCGUCUCACUUUGGUGUAACCAGUAGAGGGAGCGUCAUCUGCCAAAUUUAUUGCGGUAGCGGUUGGCACUCAUACCGUUAUUUCAUCUCGUCAGCGUGAGACCUUUAGGUGUGUCACUCGUUGUAGUUUGUCAGCUGGGAUAGAGACAAAUGCUAAGACUUUAUUUAAAAAACUUCAAAUGUGCUAUCGUAUGUAAUAGAAUGAAUCUUUUGAGUACGUUGUCGUUUAAUUGCUGAAAACGCUUCUGAUUUUAAUCCAGUGAGCACACCAGCAAAUCCUGCUUUACACUUCAGAAAGCAGAGAAGGAUGUUUUGAAUGGUUCGGUCUAAGAAAAAAGGGUUUUUUUAAACAGCACCUUGAAUUCUGGAGUGAAGAAUGACAUGAGGUGUGAAGGGAUACUCAGUCUCAUUAAUCGGAAUGCAACAGACCUGGCCAGGUUUCACACCAGUACUGCUGCUGAUACUCUGUGGUUGUGCUCUUGCAGAAAUCCUUUUAAAGAAACCACGGCAUGUCGCUUUAAGCAACCAGUCCAUCUUUGUGGAUUUCCAGUACGAAAUCAACGAAACAGCCACUGGCAUGACAGUUUUACUGGUGAACCUUCUCACUAACAAAACAGUGGCCAGUAAGCCUGUGCCGGUGAACCAGUCUGAAGGCACCAUGGAGUUUGACUGUUCUUGCUUUGAAUACGCUGGGAAAUUUCAAUUCAGACUUCAGCCUGAGAAGGGUAACCUAAGCCAUAAUGACACCCUGUGGUUGAGUGAGGUACUGCUGGUACAGUGGCCUUCAUUUAACAUUGAUGUCAGAAGAACAAGCAACAUAACUGGGAACUCCUUUCAGAUAGGGAUUUCUAGUACUGAAGAAUAUUUUUGUCCCUUCAGUAUUAAUUCAUCAGCUAUCUACCUGGAGGUCACCUAUAUGGAAUAUACUCAAGUGGGGAGGUCCUAUGAUGAUAAAAUGAAGGCAGCUAUCAGAAAGCAAAUUUCGCUUUUGAAAACCCAGUGGGUAGAACUGGCGUGUGUGUUCCCUUUCAGAGAGGGGAAUUUUAUCAAGGUUUCCCUGAGGUCCCGCCAUGCUGAUCUGGAGAUCAAGUCUUCCGGACGGCUCUUUCUGUCCCAGGUUUUUAGGUAUAGGUUACAUAUUGAAAACCAGCACACAUUCAGCUGUGAGGCUUCUAUUGUGGUAUACCUGGUCACCCCUCCAUGUGCUUCUACGGAAGGCAAGGUCAUAAUGUAUCCAUACAGUUCCAGCGCCACUGGGAAAAAAAACAUCUUUGUGGCACAGGAAUUUCUAACUAAAGGAAAUAAUAAAACUGAAUUCAACUGCUCCCUCUUUUACCCUGGGAGAAAUGAGUACUGUUUUGAGUUUGUUUUAAACUCCAGCCGCUCUGCCAGUGGGGCUCAGCGCUGCAUUGUUGUACAACGGAACGUAGCAACAUGGAGUCAGUGGCUGCGGUGGAGCCCCUGCAGUGUGAGCUGUGGUGACGGGGUGAGGGAGCGGUACCGCGAGUGCCAGGGGUCCUCCUCAGAGAAAUCACACUGUGCUGGAAUUCACAAGGAAACUUCUCCGUGCUCGCUGGAGGAGUGCACAGCAAUAAAGACAACAACUUUGGCACCACUUCACCCUCAAAGGACGCAAGCCAGCAACAUUGUGACUGUGGCCGGGAUUUCCGUAUGUUUGUUUAUCAUCAUCUCCACCAUCUUCAUCACGGUAUGGAGGAAACUAUGCAGGGUGCAGAAGUGUAGCUCAGUGAGGCACAACUCUGUGCAUUCCCCAAACUUCAGGAAGAACUCAGAUGAGGUCAACAUCUACCAUGAGAGCCAGCAGCGAGAGAGCUUCUCUGAAAGCCUUGAUGUGAACCCAGAUUCGGCAGACGAUGGCAUAAACAUGACCUCAGGCUACAGAAGGAGCCAGCACUUUCCUCUGGAACAGACUAUACCUAUCAGUGGUGACCCCCAAGCAAGCGUUCAGAAGAUCAUGCCCCCAAUUUUUGGGUACCGACUUGCCCAUCAACAGCUGAAGGAGAUGAAGAAGAAAGGUCUGAAAGAGGCGACGCAGAUGUACCACGUAUCCCAGAAUCCCCUCAACGACACUGUUCUGGAUGCCACCACAGUGCCACCCAUGGACAAGGAGAGUCAAGAGGAGGCCAACCUGAACAGGUUCCGGAUCAAAUCUCCCUUUCUGGAACCCAAGGUCCCUCACUCCAGUCUUCAACCAGAAAGGGUUAGCCCAAAAGUGGACUUCAGUGUUCCUCAGCGGAAUCCAGGGCUCCUCUCUCACCCAGCGACCGCUCGGUACAGCAGCCAUAAAUACCAGGACGACUGGGUGGAAAUGGUUGACCGAAGUUAUCUCAGGAACCCUAAUUUCAGGAGAACAGCGAGCUUUCAUGAAACCAAACAGUCCAGGCCCUUCAGAGAAAGAAGCAUGUCCACCUCUACACCCAGGCAGCUUUCUGUCUACAGCUCCAGGGCUAGGGUAGUGGACCAGCCAUUGGAAAGGGGAGGAGUUAGGCCUAAAUCUCAACUAGGGGAUGCCAGAGCUGAUAGAUGUUCACCUUGGAGUGGCAAUGUGUCACCUACCGAGGCUUCUGCGUAUUACCCACAUGCAGGUCAGCCUGGUGCCGGCGUCAAUAAACAUGACCUGUUAAGUGGCCGCCAGGCUGAGGGCUGGACUGCAGGAGUGGACAUAGUAGAACCCAACAGAAACAGGAGAGGGCCUUCACCCAGUCACAGGAACAUAAUGGCCAGGAAGAGGAAGGAGGCUGAUUCUUCUGCGACAUACAAUCGCCAUAGGAGUGCCACCCUAAGCCCCUCACAAUACAGGAGAGACAAGUGCCGGAGCCUCCCACUGGAUCCUGAAUACACCUUGUAUGACAGUUCAUCCUAUGGUCUCACUGAAUCAGAGCGCCGCAUGAUUGACUUAUCUGGGUACUUCGGAUCCAAUGGAGAAGAGGAGGAAACUGGUGCCCCCAGCAUUGAGAAGAUGGUGAUAUGAAUGUUUAUGCCCUGCUUAGAAAAGCAAUGCAAUAAAUACCAUUUACAUCAACAGUUCUUGGUACAGUCAGCACCGCUUUAUCAGGACGCCUCGAUAGAAGUAAAAAUAUCCCACAUAAGCGGUAGUGCCAAUUAAACGAGAGGCAUUUGAGACAACCUUAGUCACACUUUUUUGUUUCUAAAUGAAAAGAAAAAGAAUGAAAUCACAUCACAUUAUGAUUACAUGUUAAAUACAUAAUUUAAAAUACGA